AUGGUUGAUAUUAAUAAAUAUCUUGAGACUCAAUUAGCACUUGCGAAACAGAAAAGUGAAUUCAACAAUAGUAGAAGUAUUCCAUUAAUAUCGCAGAAGAGUAAAAGUGUUGCAGAAAUAAUAUCAAAAAAAGAAGAGAAACAGUUUAAGAAAAACAAAAGCGCCAAAUCCUAUAGUAAACCUCGUGCUAUACAGCCUAUCGAAAAACCAGACACUUUUGAAAGUAAAGAUUCGGACGAUGAAAGUGAGUAUAUACCAUCUUGCGAUGAAGAUGAAGAAAUAAAUUCACAACUAAUGUCAUCGUCCACGCGCACCAAAAACAACUUGAAGAAAAUAAUAGAUGAUGGAGCCAAAACAUUGUAUGAUAAAAGGAUAAAGGUUUGGAGAGAGAAAUUGGCAACGGCUCUGGAAAAUAAAAUCAUUGAUGUGCCUACCUCAGCAGAUAUACAAUAUAUUUUAGAAGGUAAUAAAGAUUUUGAUAAAGUAUAUGAACUUCAGAAUGGUCUUUGUGUGCCAAACUACAUUUGGAAACAAUUAUUCAAAUACCAAAAAACUGGAGUUAAAUGGCUUUGGGAAUUACAUCAAGUACAAUCUGGUGGCUUGCUUGGAGAUGAAAUGGGUUUGGGGAAAACAGUACAAAUUAUAGCAUUCCUAGCUGCACUUUCUAUUACAGAUUUUGGUUCUUGGGGUGGACUCGGUCCAUCUAUUAUUGUUGCCCCAGCAACAGUUAUUUAUCAGUGGGUCACACAUUUUCAUUUUUGGUGUCCCAGUUUAAGAGUUUCUGUUUUACACAAUUCUGGUUCUCAUAAUGGAGAUCAUAAUAAACUCAUUCGUGAUAUUAAUGAAUCUCAUGGUAUAUUGUUAAUAACAUAUGCAGGUAUAGUUAAGUACUCAAAUGAUUUACUGUCUCGUAAAUGGCAUUAUAUAAUUUUAGAUGAAGGACAUAAGAUAAGAAAUCCAGAAACUCAAAUAAGUAAACAUGUAAAAAAAUUUAAAACACCACACAAAUUACUAAUAACUGGAUCUCCAAUGCAAAAUAGUUUGCAAGAAUUAUGGUCUCUAUUUGACUUUAUGAGACCAGGUUUACUGGGUACAUACAACACAUUCAUGGAAUAUUUUGCAAAUCCUAUAACACAGGGGGGUUAUGCAAAUGCAACUGAAAUUCAAGAAGCAACAGCUUUGGAAAUAGCUAUAACAUUAAAAAGCAUUAUCACACCUUACAUGUUGAGAAGAACAAAAUCUGAAGUUCAAGAGUAUAUUAAGUUACCAGAGAAAAAUGAACAAGUACUGUUUUGUGCAUUAUCUCAAGAACAGCGAGAUUUGUAUAUGGGAUACCUUAUGGGAAGUACAGUAAGAAGUAUCCUAGAUAAAGAAUGUAGGUAUGGUGAUCCAUUAAGAGCUAGAGUAUUGGUUGCUCUUUCCACUCUUAGAAAAAUUUGUAACCAUCCAGAUUUAUAUCUGUAUGAAAUUCAAGAAGAUGAUGCACAAAUCUUAGAUGAAAAUUUUGGGCAUUGGAAAAGAUGUGGUAAAAUGACAGUAGUAAACUCUUUGUUAAAAAUAUGGCAAAAGCAAGGUCACCGAGCUUUAAUUUUUUCUCAGUCCAGAGUAAUGUUGUGCCUAUUAGAACAGUAUUUGCAAAGUCAAGACUUUAAAUAUUUAAAAAUGGAUGGGGGAGUUACUAUAAGUCAAAGGCAGAAUAUGAUUAAAACUUUUAAUGAAAAUACUGAGUAUUUAGUGUUUCUUUCAACAACAAGGGUUGGUGGCUUAGGUGUUAAUUUAACUGGUGCUGAUAGAGUCAUUAUAUAUGAUCCAGAUUGGAAUCCAGCAACAGACAAUCAGGCGAAAGAAAGGGCAUGGAGAAUAGGUCAACAAAGAAAUGUUACAGUUUACAGAUUAGUAUCAGCUGGUACAAUUGAAGAAAAAAUUUAUCAAAGACAAAUUUUUAAACAUUUUCUUAGUAAUAAGAUUCUCAUAGACCCUAAUCAGAAAAAUGUUCUUACAACUAGUACUUUGCAAGGUUUAUUUACAUUGGAUGAACCUAAUCCUGAAGGAGACACUGAAACAUCAUCACUUUUUAAAAACUCGAAAGUUUAUGCUAACAAAGGUAAAGAAAAAAAUUCCAGUACUGAGUCAAAAUCAGCAAUAUCCAAAAGAAAAAUGGAAGCAAUGAAAAAAAUGGCAAAAGAAAUAAGUAGAAGAAUAACAAAGAACAUAGAAGAAAAGUCAUGUUUAAUUCAAGAGGAUCCAAGAGAACGAUAUAAGAAAAAAAGAGAAAUGUUAAUUAAUCCUCCUAAAAUAGAAGAACCAGAAAUUAACAAGGUUGAUGACAAAGUUACAAAUGCGACAUUUGAAAGUAUCAUGUCUGAAUUGGAUAUUGUUAAUAUGCAUACAAAGGAAGAUUAUGAGAAAAAAUUGUUAGAAGAUGUUUUAAAUAAAGCAAAUGAUAAUAAUGAAGCAGAGUUAACAACUGAAUCAAGUUUUGCUAAUACUGAUAACAAAAAUGUGGGAAUCAAACAUGAUGAAAUGAAUGAAUUUGUCAAUCACUUAGAUCCUCCAGAACCUUCUUCUUCAAAAUCAGUUAAUGAUAAUGCUCUAUUAGAAAAAAAGGAUGAAAAAAGACCAAAGAAACGGAGUCCUUCUUCUGAAGCUGAAAUAGAAAGUUUAAUAGCAAUUAAAAAAGUUAAGCGAAAUAAAAGUAGAACAAAUAAAAAACAGAAAGAUGAUGAUGAUUAUGUCCUAAGUAAACUUUUUGCAAAAGCAUCUGUCAAGACAGCUUUGCAACAUGAUAUUGUAGUGGGACUAGCAGAAAAGGAAAAACGACAUAGAAUGAAAGAAGAAGCUACAAGAAAAGCUAAAAAGGCAUUAAGAGCCAUAAAGUUUUCAUGGAAAUAA